CAAUCAAAUCCUUUUCUCUUGUCCUUUCUUCCAUUUUCUCUCACUUUCCCGCAGACCAAGCACUUCCUGCCAUGUUUACUGAAACUCAGAAAGGAUAAGGGAAAUCCAGCUCUAAGAUAUGAGCUGCUCAUUGAGCUUCCAGUUCCCCAAAGGUCUGCCUUCUCUCCAUCAAUCUCAUCGGGGAAUUCCUUCACUCACAGCCCAAAAUCAAAAAAAUCAACAAAAACAAAUCCACAAUUCCAUACCAAACAAGGCACCGGCGGCCAUUGCCGGAAAGCUCGCCCGCUACUUUAACCCGAAGAACUCUUGUUUGGCAGUCCAAGUUGGAGCACUUCUGAGCACUAUUGUGGAACCAGCGUAUGGUGUCACCGGAGUGAACAAUGAAGAAGAUUUCACUUGGGUUCUGAUACAAUUAGGCAUCUCGGCCUUCUUGUACUUCCUUGUCAUGCCACCCAUCAUCAUGAACUGGCUUAGGAUCAGAUGGUACAGGAGGAAUCUCUUGGAGAUGUAUCUGCAGUUCAUGUUCGUGUUCAUGUUCUUUCCUGGAGUAUUGCUUUGGGCACCAUUUCUGAACUUCAGGAAAUUCCCAAGGGAUCCUUCAAUGAAGUACCCCUGGUCUACCCCGCAAGAUCCCAACAGUGUCCCAAACGCAUUCCUCAAGUAUCCCUGGGCCACGCCUGAAGACUAUGAAUAACAAACGCCUACCUCACAUUAAUUUCAUCACCAUACCAACUGCACCCAUCUUGCAUAUGUAAUUCAAACAGUUCGGAAAUUUAUUCUCACAUCAGUGUUUGAAAUAUAAAUAUGACACGAAAGAUGCUAUAUCUCAUCAAAAAUCCCUUCGGAUGAUGUAACAUAACUACGGUCAAAAGGCAAUGGAAGUGGUAGAGAUAAAAACAACUAAAGAGAUCUGCAUUGAUCCUU